AUGGCGACGCCGUCUCAUGCUCGGGCGGUUAAGUCGCUCAACAAAUCCCCUGGUCUCCAUGGCCGCCGUUUUGUUUUCAAGACUUUCUCACAGAGAAUUGAAGACAUUGAAAUUGAUGUUUAUUCAAGUCUUAGUAAAAUUAAGUCUGCCCCAUCAGAGGGGUCCACUUUUCUGCGAGACUGCCUCAUCGAAUAUAGGGUUUUUGAUUUGAAUGUGUGUUCGCACUCAAAGAUGCCCGGGUCUGUAACAGGAAGGAAAUUAGCUCUUUUGUUGUUGUGCAAGAGAAUGGCCAACUUCUUUUCAGAAACAGAAGAUGACCAAUUAUGGAAUAGGUUGAUUGCAGCUUUAUGUAGAGAUCUUCCUGAUGACUUUGUCUCCUACGACGAGCGCAGCUUUCUACCGAGGAUUGUUGAUUCAUUGGUGUCUCUCCUCAUAAGUGGUGCUGAUAGGGAGCCAGAUAUCAUUGAGCAGAUUUUUGUGGCAUGGUCAUAUAUUCUGAUGUAUUUGCAGAAAUCUCUUUUGGAAAACAAUAGGCUUGUAGAUGUGCUCAAGCUAACAGCAAAAUUAAGAUAUUACCCUAAGGAGUAUGUUCAAGAAUUUAUGGCUGCAACAACAUCAUUAUUGCUGAGAAAUGCUUCUGAUGGGCAGCUUAGGAAAGGUGUUGCAAAGGUCAUGCUUGAGGUUGUCAAGAAACCAUUACCUGUGAGAAAAUAUGGAGCCAGUGCUUUGCUUUAUUAUGUUAUGAGAGGAACCAUGUCAAGGCCUUAUUCAAGACCGGAUCGGUUAGAUGGCACCAAAUGGCUCCCUGCACCUCUAGAAAUGUUUCUCUGCUUCACAUUUACUGAGACACUAGAGAAAGUUCCCUCCAAUGUUAGUUUUUACGUGUUUGUAUUGGUUCCAUCAUGUGUGUGUGUGCAUGGUUAUGCAUGCACAUCUCUGAUAGGGGAGAGGAUGGUUCAAGUGGCUGGGACUUGUCCUAACACUGUUGAUGAAGUUCUAACUACAACCCUUCAGCGUUUAUGUGAGGAGCUAGAACCAGAGGAAUUAAAUUUUAUGUGGAAUAGCCUAUAUCAGAAAAUAGGCUACUAUGCAAUUAAUGAUCACUUGCCAUGUCUAAUUCGCUUUGUGUCACUGCUUAUAUCAAGUGCCCAAAUUAAUGACGGUCGGAAAAUUUCUGAUUACCAACCAAUGCUUGAAUGUGUGAAAAACCUUGUUCAGAAGUUUAUCAUUCCUUAUGGUGCUUUAAAAGAAGAAAACCAUUUAUCUGAAGUUAUUGAUAAGGUUCUACAAUUAUUGCUAUGCACUCUUGAUGGGCUCAAGAGUGCCAAUGAUAUGGCUACCAUCUCACAUAGUUCGUUGCAAUGGGCUCCUGUUUUCAAGUUGAGGAACUCAAGCAGUUUGACCUUUUUAAGUGAGCUAAUGGUGAAAGACCCAUGCAUACUAUAUGAAUUCAGAGCCAAUAUCUUGAGUGCGAUGAAUGAUUUAAUGGAAACUUCACCGAAAGAGAUUGUAUUUCUGCUUUUGUCUUUCUGUGAGAGACUGCAAAAGGAUCCUCUUAGAUCCAGCUUUUUAGAUGGUACACCAGAAGGACGAUUUUCAAGGAUUACUGGUUUUCUGCAACAGACUGCGCGCUCCUGGGUGGGUGUGAUUGGUAAUAUCGUUAAUGGAAAUGGUUCUUUUACUCCAAUUGAAAGGGGUGAGUUGGCUCUGCUUUGGGGAGUCGUCUGCUGCUAUCCUUUCAUGAUGGACCUUCAAGAAAUGCCAUCCUUGUUAAUGGAUCUGAUAGAUGCACUCGACCAGCUUUUGAUGGUUGAGGCUGGUUUUCCUAAACAUACUUGGCAAAGCUUAGUUGGUGCUACUUUAAGUUCCUAUUACAAGUGUGGUAAAAAAUGUGGGCAAGAAACAAGCAAAGUUUUGCGUCUUGCAAAAACAUACAAGUCAUCCUCACAAGUAUUGUCUGCCGUUGCUGAUUAUUUGGACCAUGUGCAUGGGCCGAUACUGGAAGCAGACACCAGCCAUAAAACAUAUCAUCCUGAGUUUGAAGGGAAGAAGGCUGUGGAUGCAUUUGGCAUAUUUGCUGAUAAUUUGUGCAAUCCUGACAAGGGGAUUCGUGUUCCGACUCUAAGAAUUUUGUGUCACUAUGAACCUCAAGGUUGUCAAAUGUCAACUAUAGAUCAGCCACCUGAGAAGAAAAUGAAAUUGGAUUCUUCUCAGACAUGCCCUGAGGAUGGUCAGAACAUUGAUGUUCUUCAACUUCUUCUCUCGAUCGAGGCAAGUACACUUUCAAUAUCUACCGGCAGGAAAGUUGUGCUAUUGAUCUCUAGAAUACAGAUGGGGCUUUCUGCUGGAAGAAUAGAUGAGGCUUAUAUACCAGUUUUGUUGAGUGGGAUGAUUGGCAUCUUCCACAACCGUUUUAGUUAUCCAUGGGCUUCAGCAUCUGAGUGCCUUGCAGUUCUAAUUGACAAGCACGUUGCCCUUGCAUGGGACAAAUUUGUUUGUUAUCUUGAACAUUGCCAACAUAUAUCUCAGAUGUUUCAUGAUAAACCUGGAGGAAAUGCUGAAUUGUCUGACCAGUCCAGUGACUUGGUUGAGCGUUUCAUUUCAUUUGUCAAGCCUGUAUCUGAUAGCACACCAUGUGCCACUGUUCUAUCUUCAUUGCUUCAGUCUCUGCAAAAAAUUCCCUCUGUUGCCGAAUCUCGUUCUCGACAAAUAGUACCUUUGUUCUUGAAGUUUUUGGGCUACAAUAGUAACGAUCUUGCAAGGUAG